AUGCCGAGCGGGACGCCAGCCCAUCAUCGCCAUGCUACUCCGAAGCCCACCGUGGUAGAGCGGCCGCAUGGACAUAAGGAAGCGCCCCCGCAAGUGAUACCUAUGACCAAUGUUAUGCCAGGGGACAGUUCCUUCGUCACGUGGGACCAAUUCCAGUUCACUAUGAGUGUGAUAAGAACUGUUAUAGGGGUGACCGUGGAAUCCGGCGCAACGAUUCCCAUACUACCAGGAGACAGCAGCACUAUGCAGGCCUUUCUGCUGCGCAUCGAGCCCCGGUACACCCAGAUGGGAUUGGAACCGCGCGAAUGGGGAAAUGCACUUACAGACCACCUUGUGGGCCCGGCUCUAAGGUAUUGGAUGUAUCUACGGAGAACUAUCGACCAAAGCGACUGGGCGACAGUACAGCGCAGGCUUUUGGAGCGGUUCGACAAAACAAUGUCGCAGAGUCAAUUGUCAACGGAGUUGGCUAAAGUACGGUGGAAUGGUAACCCGAAGGAAUACACGGACCGGUUCGUACGGUGGAAUGGUAAGCCGAAGGAAUACACGGACCGGUUCGCGGCUGUAACGGAGCGCGGUUUGGGUCUUGCCCCCGACGAACUCGCUGACUAUUACUGCACCGGGCUACCGACAGACCUCCAUCUUCUAAUAACCAAUAACGGACAGGUGAAAUAUCAGUCAUGGGAACAAGCGGCGACAGCCGCAACACGGCUCUACGAGCCCAAGUAG